AUGUCACAAAAAGUAAAAGAAAAACUUUUGCUACAACAACAACAGCCAUUGUUUCAUCAGCGGGAGAAGUGUCGUGAAUUAAUUGUAAAUUUUAAGAAAUCAAUUGAGUUGUGGUUUUUCAGUGAGGCUGCCGCGGAAACCUUUAAAGAGAUACAAAGUUCAUGUUUUGAUAUUAUACUCUAUGGACUGGUGGAAAUAAAUCCGGAGGAGAACAAGAGCAAGAAGCUACAACAAAACAACAGCAACAACAACAAGGUCAAAUCACUUACAUCAACUUGUAGUAGUAGUGAUUCAUCAUCAGCAUUCCCAGCAACGACGACGACGACAACAACCGCAAUACCACCAGCAACGGUGACUUGCGCCGACAGUUACCAUGAUGAGACGACCGAUUUAGAUUCACCCAAUAAAAUAAUCGACGACUUCGAAUGGUUACUCAAUGCUGUAAAUAUACGCAAUAAUGCAUCGAAAUGCUCACAAAGUUCUGCUUCGAAUACAAUACGAGGACGACGACGACCACCUACCCCGCCACCAGCCUCCUCAUCAAGUGUAUUGCAACGUGGUUGGCCUCAGCGUCAAACAUUGACGGGACAAUUGACACAGUGGUUACUUCAGAAUCUGCACGACUCGGCAAAUUUAUUUGUUUUCUUGCAGUUGUUGGUUUCCGAUAAGGAGCUGCUGGAGGAGCAUUACACCACGUAUGCAUUGUUGCGACAAGAGGAGUAUGUCAAUGCGUUAUUCAUUGGCAUGAGUGCAUUUGAAACACAUCAACAGGGUCUGUUGAAACAAAUUGAUACAUUGCUCAAGGAGUGUAAUGGUGGUGGUAUAGGCGACGGUGUAGGCCGGGGAGGAGGAGUACGAGGAUUGGCUGGUGUUAAUGAAACCAAACAUAAACGUUGUAAUUCCCAACCGAAUGUCGUGCUGCUAUUGCCUGGAAAAAAAUCACCACAACGUCGCCAUGGAUUGUUGGACAAUAGCAGCAGUAGCACUAGCAUCGUAGCGGAUUCGAAUAAUGCUCGAAUAGUUUCGAACCAACACCACUCACACCCCAAACACACAGUAUUGUUAACUAUACGCAAAACCAAAAGUCUUCCGGAAUUUAAAUGUUAUUAUCACCCUAAAGAUGCCAAAGAUGAUGAUGAUAUAAGGGAUGGUCCCGUUCCGCCACGACCCAGAAGUAAAACUAUAGCUGAUAUAAAACAUAACAAGAUGAUAGAACAAACAAUUCCACAAUUAAAUGUUUACGAUGAAAAUCAAAUGACACAGCUAUUAAGCCUAAAUUGUGGUGGCGAUGUUGGCCCAAAGCCAUCAACAUCCCACAACUCUACCUCGAAACCAAGUCCAUCAACAUCAAGUUUACACUUAAAUUCAACAGCUUCCACAGCAUCAUCCUCCUCUUCAUGUUCCGUUGCAACCUCAAUGUCAUCAUCCUCUUCCAAGUCCACAACGCGACAUAUACAACUAAUCAAUACGGAUGAUAUUAAAAUAUGGACUGAUCAUUCGUGGGAGCAGCAACAGCAGCAGUGCGGCAAAGGAGGAGGAAGUCACACACAAUCAGCUGCCACCACACCAGCUCAAGCAAUUCCCUUAAUACGAAAACGUCUUUCCCUAAAUAAGCCAUCAUCUGCCUCCACCUCGAAAAGCCUUAGCCCCUUGAAUAGUUUUUUCUCCUCGUUAUUUAGUACCCCGCCUUCAUACACAUCCUGGUACACAGAUCACAGUUUACACGAACACAAUCAACAAAUACCCGAACAGGCAAUUGAUUCCAUCAAUUCAUCACCACCACUCCUACCACCACCACAACGACAACAUACACUAUCAUCCGCAUCUGCAUCAUUAUCACAUCCCGGCACCCUGCCAUCAACAUCCUCAUCAUCGUUAGGCUCCACGGUAUUGGAUAAAUUUCUACCAAUUUAUGGUAAAAAAUUACGCAAUCGUAAUACGCAGAAUUUAUUCGAUGAUGUGGUUAGUAGCGCCUUGGAUUAUUCCACGCCUUGUUCACCGACAACAACAACAACGGCGACGUCGACGACGCCACUGACUUCGGCAAAAAAUUGCCAAAGUCUAACGAGAUUCCUUCAAAUGUCCCAGUCAUCGCGAAACAACACCGAAUUGGAAAAGGAAAAUGCUCAUUUUCGUAUAUCAGAGGCUAUUAUAUCGGCUAUAGAACACAUCAAAUGGAAUAAGCAGAUACCCGAUGAAACUACAAUGGAAAAAUUAAGUCGAGAAGGUGAGUGCAGUAAAGAAAAAAAAUUAGUUUCUUUUUCCACCCCCUUGGCUACGGAUUGUCUCUCUUCAGCAGAGCGUAACUGCUCCUCCACCUCUUCUUCAGCUACAUCUACAAAAGUACAAACGAAUUGUACGGCAGAUCAUGAAUAUAUCGUUGGAGGAGAACAUGUACCCUAUGCCGAAGAUGUGUCAUCUGUGGAUUUACUAACAGCCGAGGUAGUGGGACUAUCGCUGAUUUCCAAAUUUGAUGAGAAACAUUUGCCAAAGGUAUCCGAACUGAAAUGGCUAGUCUCCGAUGAGGAUACACCCCAGAAUCUCUUACCAAUGCCUGAUCUAACGGGUAACAAUCCCGAUGAACAUGUGAUACAUUCGGUAACGCGCGGUACCAAAUAUUGGGCACCACCAAGGCAGCAAAUUAUCUUUACCGAUCAUCCGGCAAUGGAGCGCAAAGAAUUGUUAAAGAAACAAAAUUAUCGCUGUGCUGGCUGUGGCAUGCGUGUAUCACCGCAAUAUGUCCAGAGUUUUCGCUAUUGUACAUAUUUGGGAAAGUAUCAUUGCACCGGUUGUCAUCGAAAUCAGAUUUCGGCAACACCAGCAAAAAUAUUGCAAAACUGGGAUUUCAAAUGUUAUCCUGUCAGUGUAUUUGCCUAUCGUUUGCUGGAACAAAUGUCUACGUAUCCGCUCUUCUAUGUACCCGAUCUAAAUCCUGCCUUAUAUUUUCGUAGCAAAUCAUUGUUGAGUGCCCGCCAAAGCCGUUUACAGCUAAAAUAUGUUAAAGACUUUAUACGCACGUGUCGUUUUGCCUUGCGUGAACAAAGCUAUUUUGAAACCGUACCCGACUACAUCACCUCAGACAUUGAUAAUUGGUCAAUGUCGGAUUUUAUAGAUGCUCGCAGUAAUUGCCUGCAGAGGUCUAUUGAUGAACUGAUUAUUAAAUGUGAAAAUCACAUAUUUAACUGUGUUCUUUGUACCGCCCGUGGCUUUCUCUGUGAAUACUGUAAUGCCGACAGUGUUAUAUAUCCAUGGGAUUCGCGGGUUGUUCGCUGUGAUCGUUGUGGCUCAUGUUUUCAUCGUAAUUGUUGGAAAUCAAUGUCGUCGUGUUGUCGUUGUCAGCGUAUCGAUAAACGUCACGAAGAAUUUGAGAGUGUUCACAAUGUCUAG